AUGGGAAGUGGGAGGGUAGAGAAGCCGAGUCCGACGAUGAGAUCCAUAGACUCCAAACAUUUCAAGCUUCAAAAGCCCAUCUCAAAAGAUGACUCCAAAAAGCCCCACCACAACAAAACUAAGAAGAAGCGAUGGUGGAAAAGCGCUCUUCUUUUCUUCAAAUGGAACAAGCUAACACCCCACCACCACUACCACCGUGUCUCCGCCAUCCGCGGCGGUGAUGAAAAUGUUCAACACCAGGCCAGAGCCAAAGCCUUUGGGGCAUCCAUUUUUGGGCCGGUUUAUAUCACUGAGAGUAUAAGCUGGUCGUGCAUGCCUUACCUGAGUACUAGCCGGCCGCCGUCUGGGCCGCUCGCUGGUACUAUGCCUACGGCGAGUAAGGAUGAGAUGGGCAUUCCUUACUUGAACCUGAGAGAGCUUAACAUGGAGCAACAGCAACAGAGGAACUCUACCUCUGCCAUGCCUAUAUAUUUGGUUACUUAAUUAGUAUUUCAGGUGUUUAAUCAAUUACAUUGUUAUUCUUUUGGAGAACCUUAUGUUUUUUACUAAUUGCUUUUCUUUGGAUUAAUUAAGCGGGAUGCUAAAUGGGGUUGGAUUUGUUUGUCUGUUUUUACUUUUUGCAAACUGCAAAGGUGUUUGAUCCUUUGGAGGAAAGCUAGAUCCUCAUUUUGGUGUUUGUUGUUGCUCAU